UGCAGAAUUAUAUUUCCCACAGAAGUAUGCUUUCCUUAUUAAGUUCGUAUUAUCACGUGAAUAUAGUGUGACUGGAAGUUCUUUGUAUAUGGUUUGUAAUUAACUAGGGGAAUCAACUACACUCGGUGCAAGAGAAUAAUGGCACUCAACAGAGCGAAAGCAGACGUGACUGAAACGUUUUGGCCGAUCUUUCUCGGCGCCUCUUCCUUCCAGAGUACACCGUCAACCUUAUCAGCCAACACAUCCUUUGUGAUCACCGCAGUGGCGAUGAACCCUGAACUGGAGCAGUGGGUCCAGAGGAACAGCAUCCUCAUAAAGGAAGAAGAUCGCUUCAGCAUCCGGCAGCUCAAGACGAGGACGAAGCACGAAGACAAGGAGAACAAGGUGCGCGUGCUUGCCAUCGGUCCAGAGAAACAGCUGGAGGUGAAGUCCGUGCUGCUGCUGGGUGAGACGGGCGCAGGGAAGACCCUCUUCCUCAACGCCUUCCUCAACAGGCUGUUUGGCGUCACUGCGGGAGACAAGACUCGGCUCCAACUGAAAGACCAGAUGGACAGAAAGGAUAAGAAGACCACGCAGAGUCAGACGGACUACACCACGGCCUACAUCAUCUACCACCAAGAAGGCAUGUCAGGCCCUUAUAACUACAUGAUCAUUGACACCCCAGGCCUGGGCGACACGGAAGGCACGGAGAAAGACAAAAUCAAUGAGCAAUGUCUGAGGUUUUACUUGACUGAUGAAAAGUGGAUUAGUCACAUCAACAGUGUCGGAUUGGUCUGGAAGGGAAGUGAACACAGAUAUGACGAGAGGAAGAGAGAAAUACUCAAUCGAAUCAAGCAGCUCUUAGGCUUCGACAUCAAGCCUUUCACAGAUAUAUUGCUUACAUUUACAACAGAUAGAGCAGUGGAUGCUGUUAAGGUUGUAGAGGCAUCAGGGAUAGGAUACAACCAAGUGUUCAACUUUGAUAACAAACCUCUUUAUGAAUGCCCUGCUAUGAAGACAAGGGAAGAUCAGAUGCACAGGCUGAUGUGGCUCUUCAUGGAAGAGAGUCAUGGCCUAUUUCUAGAAGAGCUCAAUAGGAGGGAGGGCGUCAACCUCAAAAUUACUGCCAGAUUAAUCCUCACUCAGAUGAGACUCGAAGACUUGCAGCGUCAACAGCAAAUGCAAAGGCAGCGCAAAGCAAACAUCUCGUCUAGGGUCCAACAGCACGAAGGAGAAAUGUGUGACCUCGAGGAGGAAGCAACAAGGGUCGACUGGGACAAGAUUGAGGAUUUGGACACAAGCAGGGAAAUCAUAGUCCUUGAUGACGGACGCCACUGCCACUACUGCAAAAAGUGUGAUAAGACUUGUAUUCCAGCUUGUGGAGUUUUCCACAAGGCUGCAGUUGCUCCAGUAAAGGAAGGGGAAAGUGUAGGUGAGACGAUACUGGGAGUUGUUGAAAAAGUUGGUGCCCUUGGGUCGGCACUUGGCUUUCUUAGUGUGCCGGUGAGGUUGGCCUCUGCUGCAGUUUCAAUAUGCGCCGAGAUUGGGAGGACAAUCAUGUUUCUUAUUCAGACCAAGAAGUCAAAAGAAAAAACGGAGGGCUUGCACGCCAGUGAGGGCAGAAAUAAGUGCACAAAAUGCGACCAUUUACUAUUAGAUCAUGAAGUUAGAGACAAGGUCAUGGCCAAAGAUGCUACUUGGGAUCAGAAAAUGAAUCUGCUCAAGAAAUUGAAGUAUGAAGAAAUCAUGGGGAAAAAAUCUGAUCUCGAGGCGAAGAUUGCAUCAUGCAAGGCGGAAUUAGAGUCAAUAAACAAGCAGAAGAAACAAGAUGAUGGCACGCUUAAAGCCUAUGAGAGAGAAAUUAAAAAACUCAGGAUGGGGAAGUAAAGUGCGAAAUAGUCACUUAGUACUGGAUCUGAGAUUUUAAAUUAUUUUUACAUAUGUUCAUAUGUAAAAAUAAUUAAAAAUCCGCUCAGUUACUGCCACCAAUUUGCUGGUUGUUCAUGCGCUGACAUUUGUAGUUGCCGGCCGUUUCAGUUUUCCCUUUGGUCUUUUGUUACACGUUUGUAUGUAAUUAAGAUAAUGCUUUUGCUCUUCUCUGUCCAUUUAUGUGAUUAGUUCUCGGACAGUAAUUGAAGUUAUCGAGCCAAUGACCACAUGCAAGCCAAGGUACUAAUUAUGGUUGUAUUCUUUCUGCUGUUGAAGUAAAGGUCUUUAUUAUGCUCA